GUCUAGAAACAAAUAGACUUAUCUUUGAAGAUAAGGCAACUUCAUGUGUUCCCAAUGCAAAAAGAAUUUUAAAAAGGAAGUCAAAACCACCAGAAAAGAGACGUUCUAGGAACUAUUUUGCUGCACAACCACAUUAUAGAUUAUGCUUGGGUGAUAUGCCAUUUGUAGCUGGAAAGGCUCACCUCAUGGAUUUGCUGUGACUUAGAGGAAAGGCCAGGCUUAGGAAGCAGACGGGCCUGGCUCAAAUCUGGCUCAGGACUCACUGAUUAUGCCAUCUUGGACAAGCAUCUGAACGCUCUGGUCCACUUCCCCAUGUGGCACACUGAGGAAAUAAGAUGAAAUAAUAAGAUCUCUCCCCUACAGAAUUUCAGUAAGAUUCUGGAAUUUGAAGCACCAUGUAAAACUACAGGCAGGAGUAAUGAAAAAGUAAGGCUUCUUUGAAGUUCUGAUUGAGGAGUAGCCAAAGCCCAUGUGCCAUCCCCAUCACCAUGCAGCUGGGCAAUUCUGUGGUGGUAUAUUGGUAUAGCCAAGACAUGGAAACAAACCAAGUGCCUGUCAACAGAUGAUUGGUUUAAGAAGAAGUGGUGUAUACAUACCAUGGAAUAUUACUCAGCCACAAAAAGGUGAAAUAUUGCCACUUGCAGCAGCAUAGAUGGACCUAGAGAAUAUCGUACUAAGUGAAGUUGACCGGCACACUCAGUUUGGAUACUCACAAUCUGGACCACUCUUCUCGGGAAAAGAUGCCCAAAUCCAGCUGGUCUUCCAUGUCCAGGAUAAAGCCAGAGCCAUCAGGACAUGGGUCUGCAUUUGGAGGCCAGCUGCCCAGAGAGCACUGUCUCUCUCUCUGGGUCCUUGAAUAUCUCCAACUGGAAUCAGGAUUUUGUUGGUAGAAGGUUUGGCUUGGAAACUUCCAGGAAGAGACUUUCUGGUACGGUGACGUGAGAAGCUACCCAUGCACUCAAGCCUGGGAACCUGGAGAGGCCUCAGGCACUUAUACCCCCAACAGAGGAAACUCAGAGAGCUGCAGGCUGAGGCAGGACUUGGCUCAGAGAGCCCUCUCCUCUGCAAAAUACUCUAUUUCCUUUGGCUCCAAAAUGCUGACAAAUGUGGAGUCCUUCUGGUGGAUUGAAAAGCCUGGAGAAGAUACCACCUCGUUUGUUUAAAAGUUCAAGUCUGAGUUCCUGCCUCUCAGAUAUAUCAAAACUUCUUUAAAAAUAAAGAAAGUAUAGGGAAGAGGUUACUCCCCAGCAUUUUCAGGGAUCCAAAGCAUACCUAAGAAACUGGGAGUCCAUUGCUUAUUCUGCUGCAGCCAUGCAGUCUAAGCACUUUGGUAGCCAGAAACCACGUUGUAAGGUUAUGAUCUAACACUCAACCGUGGAAGAAUUUGAAGAUUUCAACAAAUAUAUUGUUUACAUGUAGUCGCAAGGUGCACACCGAGCUGGCUUACCCGAGGUAAUUCCACCGAAAGGAUGGAAAGCCAGCCAGACGUACGAUGAUAUCGAUGACAUCUUAAAAGCCGCUCCACUCCAGCAGGUGACCACUGGGAAGGCAGGUGUGUUUUCUCAACACCACAAAAAGAAGAAAGCCAUGACCGUGAGCGAGUAUCGCCGCUUAACAAACAGUGAAAAACACCAGACUCCAUUCUACUCUGAUUUUGAGGAUCUGAAGCAAAAAUAUUGGAAAACACGCCUCUAUGGUUCACCAGUAUAUGGUGCGGACAUCAGUGGCUCCUUAUUCGAAAGAAACACGAAGCAGUGGAGCCUUGGACACCUGGGAACCAUUCAGGACCUGCUGGAGCGGGAGUGCGGAGUGGUCAUCGAAGGCGUCAACAUCCCCUACCUGUACUUCGGCAUGUGGAAGACCGCCUUCGCCUGGCACACGGAGGACAUGGACCUUUACAGCAUCAACUACCUGCACUUCGGGGAGCCCAAGACGUGGUACGCGGUGCCCCCGGAGCACGGCCGGCGCCUGGAACGCCUGGCCAGGGAGCUUUUCCCGGGCAGCUCGCGGGGCUGUGAGGCCUUCCUGCGGCACAAGGUGGCUCUCAUCUCGCCCACGGUCCUCAAGGACAACGGCAUCCCCUUCGGUCGGGUCACUCAGGAGGCUGGAGAGUUCAUAGUCACGUUUCCCUAUGGCUACCACUCUGGCUUCAACCAUGGCUUCAACUGCGCGGAAGCCAUCAAUUUCGCCUCCCCGCGCUGGAUCGAUUACGGCAAAGUGGCCUCGCAGUGCAGCUGCGGGGAGGCCCGGGUCGCCUUCUCCAUGGACGCCUUCGUGCGCAUCCUGCAACCGGAGCGCUACGAGCUGUGGAAACGCGGGCAGGACCGGACCGUGGUGGACCACACGCAGCCCACGGCGCCGGGCAGCCAGGGCCUGAACGAUCCUGGCAUCCAGUAUCCUGGUGCCCUAAAUAUUCAGGCCCCUCUACCUAAACAAGAGCUACGUCCAGGCCUGUAG